AUGAUAAAGAUUGCAACCCCAAAGCAUCAUCCCUAUUCAUCUCACAUCUCCCAGUUUGCAAUGUUCCCAUCCUUCUGCUCUCCAGAUGAUCCUGAAACAGGAGUCAGAGCCACCUCCAAACUUUUCCUGAACCCUCUAGUACCAAAAAGAGCACCAGAUGCCACUCUGCUGAGCAAAACUAAAGGGGGUCCAUAUCGACAUGAGGUCUUGGAUUCUCCCAUUGCAAACAGCAACAAAGCGGUUAUGUGGACUGGUCAACAUGGCUUUUUGGAUCAUUCAAAGCCACUGAAAGGAGAAAAGCAGCUUUUCUACCCCACUCCUCCAAAGACAGUGUUGCCCAACCCAAAACUGCGGAACUGGGAUUUGACAUUAUCUGAGCGGACCUGCAACAUGCUGAAAAAUCUAGAGCGGACACACUGGCUCACUUCUUACCAAAUGGAUUACACAGGAUCAGGGCCAGCUAACCCCUUAAAGAUUGAUGACUUCAUGGAAAAAAUAAGCAACCUCAGUAGGACAAAUUCACGUUCAGCUCCAUUGAGAGAACGCUCCAUCCCUGCAUUUGUUCCCUCUAAACCAACAAAAGGAUGUAUAAGAAGACAAAGUAACUGUGUGGGAAGAAGCACCUGCAGUCCUUUUGCUACUGAACUCCCAAAUCCAUCUCCAGCUCCAAACCAAGGCACUGCUUCAGCUAAUAUAAACCAACAAAGGCCACUGGAGAUCACAGCCAAGCAUAAUGAGGCACCAGAUCCAAACCAAAGGGGUCACAGCCAAUCAAAGAGCAGCUCUGGAUCCACAGAGGCACUGAGUGCUGAGCCAUCCCAGGAGGUCUCACAUAAAAAACAAACUAAAAGAGAAAGCUCUACAUUUGAGGUCAGGGAGAGAGAAAACAGCCGAGUCCAGUUUGAUCAGAGUGUGUCGCAGAGCUGCCAAGAGGCUAACGCUGACACACAGCAACUCCUGGACCUACAUAGCCGCCCACUAACGCAAAGGGAGACAGAGGUCAAAGCAGAGAAAAGCCUGUGUGUAAAAGAUGAAUCAUGUGGUGAGAAGAAGAAUUUUCAAGUCAGUAGAAAUGGAUUCAGCCUGAGGCAGUCAGUUGGAGCCAAAGAUCUAUCAGGUAUUGAAUCAGAGUUAUUACACAGGUCUUCAGAUCACGAGAUGCCGGGAAAGAUCAAAGAAAUUCCAGGCAGAAUCCGUAAUGCCUGCAUCCUGCCGAGGCCUCCUGUCCUGCCUGGUAUUCUCCCUGAGGGUAGACAGGGGACUCUUAGUCUGCUGGAUCUUAAAAAUUCAUUCAGUAAGACAGCAGCCCAUCACAACUUUAACAACUCCAUCACAUGGGCUGCUGUAAACCUGAGGGACAAUGUAACAACAGGGAAGAAACACAACUUCUAUGGCAUUAACUGCUACUACCUCCAUGGAUAA